AAGAACCCCAUGACAGCUUAAUCACUAUCAUAUUUACAGGUUUGAAAGUGAAGCAAAAAUACUUCAACGAAUGAAGCAUCCCCACAUUGUCACCUUUUUUGGUGUGACAUCACUUUUUAGGAUGAAAGGUCUUGUGAUGGAAUUCAUGGAAGGUGGCAACUUGAAUGAACUUAUCAUGUCUGAUAAAGUUCUUCCCUGGAGCGAGCGUCUUCGGCUCUUGCAUGAAUUGAUAUCAGCCAUCAGUUACUUGCACAAUGAUGAUGAAAAGAGAGCUUUCAUCCAUGGUGACAUAAAACCAAAGAAUAUUCUUCUCACAAAAUCCAGGGUUCUGAAACUUGCCGACUUUGGUUCAGUAAACACCAGAGAGCGAACCGGUGCCAGCACGUCAUCAUUGGAAAUUUCUUCAGAACAACAAACAUGGCCAUACACUGCUCCUGAACGUCUUCAAAAAUGUGAUGCAGAUAAAACAGCAGCCAUGGAUAUCUACAGUUUCGGUAUAACUGUGUACAAACUGCUGACAAGAAAACAAGCUUACUCCGGCGAAGCUACGAAAGAUAUUAUUAUGGGAAUCAUUCACGAUGGUAAGAGGCCCGCACAACAACAUUUGGAUGAGGUGGAUAAGCAAUUGAAACAACAUCAAAAACAAGAUCAUGAAAUUUUCCUUAAGUUACAAUCUCUUAUGAAGAAAUGCUGGCAGCAAGAACCAACCAAACGCCCCAAAGCUACAGAAAUUUUGGAAACCACCACCCAACAAAUGGAUGAGUUACCUGCCAUGGAAGAUUCAGAUGAUGCAGUAUCUGUUGGGAGUUGAUCCUGAUCGGGUAAAUUCUCUCGUGGGUGGUUCAGAUGAUGAAGCUCUAAACCAUGAGUCACCUGCCAUGGAAGGUUUAGAUAUAGAAACCCUCACCGAUGAGUUAACUACCACAGAUGGUUUUUCUAUAGAUAUGGAAGUAUCUUCCGUGGAUGAUUCAGAUGGAAAAACCAUCACCCCACAGGUGGAUGAGUUACCUGGAUCUACAUGCUUGAUUGUGGGUGGUUAUGGAAAAGGUAACAUUGUUGAAACCUAUGACGUCAACAAGAAAAGUUUCAAUCCAAGAAAGCCAACCUUGUAUAAAAGGUGGGGUUCAACCAGUGUGAAGAUAAACAACCAUGUUUAUACGGGUGGUGGUAGUAAAUCAAACUUUGUCGAAUGUUUGAAUUUAAACCAAGUUGAUGGUGAUUGGUACGAGGUGGCAUCUAUGAAGGAACAACGAUGGCUUGCAGCAUCUGCUGUGUUGAAUGAUCAAAUGUGUGUAGCAGGAGGAAGGGAUGGUAGUCGUAAUAAAUUAUCAUCGGUAGAAUUAUACAAUCCAGUGGUGAAUACAUGGACAAACAUUCCUCCAAUGAAAACUGAACGAUGGCUACAUGCUCUUGUUUCUUAUAAUGGCCGCUUGUUCGCAUUUGGUGGAUAUGAUAAAGUUAUUGGUAAUCUCGUUGGUUUGGAGUCAAUGGAAAGUUUUGAUCUAAGAGAAGAGAUAUGGGAAUCACUAAAACCAAUGAAUGAGGAAAGACGUGGAUUUUGUGGUGUUGUUUACAAUGAUGAGAUUUACGCCAUUGGUGGUCAUGGAUUAAAAAGCGUAGAGCGGUAUAACAUACGAACCAACACUUGGACUUAUGUUAGCAGCUUGAACCACGAGCGAUUUGGUUCUUGUGCUUGUGUUGUGAAUGGGAAGAUAUACGUCAUUGGAGGCAAUGGUGAUGCAUCAAGAUCAAUUGAGGCUUAUGAUGCAACAAUCAAUGAAUGGAAGAUUGAAACCAACAUGGAGACACCAAGAUAUAAAGCAUCAGUUGUAGCUUUGUAAACAAAGUGAAAAAUUGUUUUAAACAAGCUUUUCCGCUUCAUAUAUAGACCAAAUUAGUGUUAGUUUAAUAAUUUAAAAGCUUUCAUUUAUUACAUCACAAUUCAAUGUAUGCAUUUUAAAUAUGUGUUAAUUCAUGUAUAUUUCUAAUUUUAAAUAAUGUCGGGUUUUAUAUUUUUUCUAUCAACCACAUAAGUAUAAACAAGACAACCAGAUCAAGCAAAUGAAUUUAUUUCAAUCUGAGAAAAAUGUUUCUAACUGAGGUGUUUUUCUUGGUUUAAACAACUUGUGUUCUAUAUUUUACUUGUAACCAUUAACUGAGGUUGUUCUAAUGUGUUUGAGCUUCCUGGCAUUUGAUGUUCUUUCCAUGUAUAUUGUGACAAAUGAACCACACAAGUUAUCAGUGGGGACAUCCUGGGGUGAUAACAUGGUUUGUCAAGACAAUUAUCAACAAGUAUGAUAAUCACAACUCACAAACCAAUCUAUGCAUUUCAAUUCUAGCUCUUCCAUAUUUUGCUUUAAACAAACUGUAUUUUGUAACUGUUUUGUAUAACUGUAUAACUGUUUUUUUAAUGAUUGUUUUCCCAAAGUGCCAACAUUUUAUAAUCCAUAUUUACAAAAAAAACACUUUAAUGCAAAGUUUCAGUCAUGUAAGAUGUGCAAAUGUGAUUUUAAAUAGUACGUAUACAUAUUUUAGCUUUUCUUAAUUUCGAUAUCAUUGUCCUAUCUAUGCAAUUGAAUUGUGAAUUCAUUGUUUUAAUUCCAGUGUUUAAAUAACUUGUAAUAAAACUUGAUUUUAUAUUUGUUAAUAUACAGUGUUAGAAGCAGUGUUCGCACUAAUAGUUCGCACAACAAACUAAACAAGAGAUGUAUGGUAAAAAUCAUGGGACAAUGUAUGGUAAAAAUCAGGAUAAAAGAAAAAACAAUAAAUAUAAUAAAACAAACAAGGUAUGUGAUUAUUAUUCAUAAGAGAGGAAAUGACAAAUAUUCAGUAAUAAUAAUAAUGAUUUCUAAACAACUACCGAGUUUUUAUAAACAUUAUUCAUGAAAAUGACAUCUCAGUGAUGAUAAAAUGUGAUUAUGAGUAGUAACUUCUGGAUGCUAAAGCAUUUCUAGAUUUUUAUCAUUGUUCUGUUUAUGCAAUUAAAUGGUACUCAAUGUGCACCACCAAAUUUUAUGAUAAAUUUUAGUCAAAAGUUUAGUUAUACUGUUUUCUUUCUAAUAAAAAUCACAUUUUUUCACUUUUCAGUUAUUAGUGUGUAAUCACGAUGGUUAAAACUUUUUUUCUGAUUAAUCUAUUUGUUCUACCUUCUAGCAUCACUGUAGGAACUGUGGGUUAAUUUACUGCAACACAUGUAGUGACAACACCAUGCCUCUUGCAUCAUCUGCUAAACCUGUUAGAGUAUGUGAUACCUGUCAUACAACAUUACUUCAAAGGUUUUCAGCCAGCAAUUCUGCAGCUUAAGUUAUAAUUACUUUAUUAUAUGAUGAUUUUGACCAUGCAUUGCAUUUGUGGCCAUUGGAGCCAAACUUUUGAAAAUGCAGGGGAGGCAGGGAUAGUUAGACACCCAAUCCUACGAAACAAAAUCUAAA